AUGGAAGUCCCCCUCCUCACAACUGCUCGCCUCCGCGCCUUGGUCCCAGACCCGCCCGCGACAGUCAGCGUUAAAAAUCUGUCCGCCGUGCUGCAGUACGCGGGACACGACGCAUGGGGCCGUGGGCGCAAGCCGCAGCCGGCGCUGAUCUCGGCUGAGGUGGCCUUCUCAGCGCCCUUCUCCUCCAUCGCGUCAGAAGACAGGUUGACCGAUGAUACCGUGCAUUACGGCGCAUUGAGCAAGUUUAUACUGGCAAAUCUCGACAAGACGGAAGGGUACCGCCGGUCGACUCUGUCAGAUCCCAGGCAGGAUGACUACUGCGUCGGCCAUGCGCUCGCAGGCUUGUGGCACGCCUUGACCGGUCUCACGGUGCAAGGGGAACCGGGUAAUCCCGACUGGGCGCCAUUUCUGCUCAUGAGAAAGGUUCCCUUGUUGUCGCUGACGAUCACGUUGCCCAAGGCGUCACUUCUGGGCGAAGGGGUGAGUCUGACCGCCAGCGCCGUGUUUGAGGAGGGCACGGGGAAGAUGCAGGCGAGGGCAGAAUCACUGGAGAUCAGCAGGCUAAGGGUGCCGACCCUGAUCGGAGUGAACUCGAACGAGAGGCUGGCCAAGCAGCCUGUAAUCGUGACAGUUACCAUCGAGGACUUGGUUGGUAUGGCGCCACGGGAUGUCUACACGGAGGUGGAGGAAGUUAUUGUCAAGGCUUUGGAGAGCUCGCAAUUUGGGACGCUCGAGGCACUAGGCGCCCAUAUAGCAGAACGUGUCCUGACAUGCCCCGUACUGGGGCCUUCUUGCCAGCAUCACAGAGACCGCCAGCAGGUCUGCGUCCGCAUGGAGAAGCCGAUCGCAGUACCCAUGGCGGACUGCCCCAUUGUGGAGGUCAGGGCGACAAUGGCAUCUCUCGAGCAAGGGAGAGCGAAUCGCGUGAUCUAA